AUGGCUGCAGCGAAGCUUCCUGCACAUGUUUUAGAUGUUGUUUGCUCAUAUUUAGACACCGCCGACCUAAAGAAUUGUGCUCUUGUGUGUAAAAGCUGGUACCACUUUCUAAACGAUGAGAAUAAUGACGCUUGGCGAUACCACUGCAUGAAGAAACUGGCAGAAGAAGCCCUCAAAACUGACAUUUUAAUCAAUGUGCCAACUUACAAAGCCAAGUUACGGGCCUUCUACCAUGCGUGGAACCAGAACGAUUGUUCGAGCAAUAUGUACGUCAAGUCGGACGGAUUCACGAUUCAUCGAAUGCCCGUGGCGCGAAGCACGGACGGUGUGAGAGGGAAAAUUGGUUUUAGGACUGGACGACAUUGCUGGGAAGUGUGGUGGGAGGGUUCGCUUGGGACCGUGGCAGUUGUGGGCCUCGCUGGCAAAACUAUGCCUGUUCAGUGUCAAGGCUACCUCGCCUUGAUCGGCAAUGAUGAUAACAGCUGGGGGUGGAAUCUUGUAGACAAUCAUUUAAUACACAAUGGCGAUAUUCAGGCAAAUUAUCCACAGCUGAACAAUGUUCCUGAGUACCAGACUGGAGAAAGAAUACGAGUCAUUUUAGACUGUGAUGACAACACGUUAGCUUUUGAAAAAAAUUACGAAUUUUUAGGUGUAGCGUUCCGUGGUUUGCCUGAUAUCCAUUUGUUUCCGAGCGUAUCGGCAGUGUAUGGCAACACUGAAGUGUGUAUGGUGUAUCUUGGGCCCCCGUUAGAUGGAUGACAGUGACAUUCAGUCUACAUCGGUCUCUUAAAGCCAGUAUCUCAUCAUCUUCAUCAUGUAGAUUCUGUUACUAAUACAAGACUACAAACUUCAAAAGUAUACAGUUUUAACAGAGUCAUACAGCACUCGCAAUUUGACAUUGGCAGUGCUGCUACAAAAGCAGUUACAACACCAGGGCGCAUAUUUUCGAAGGUAACCUUAGGUGCAUAACGUAGUUAUGCAGAAAGAUGAUCGCUUCAUAACACAGGCCCUGACUAGGGAUUUUCGAAGCUAUCCUAGCACUACGACAUCAUCGUAAAACCAUUGUAAGAUAUAACAUCACUAUGGCAUGUGCUGUAGUGACGUCAUGGCCUAAGAUGGCUUUGUGAUUUUGUAACGCUAAGAUACCUUUGAAAAUCCCUAGCCAGGGCCCGUUUUAUGAAGCGAUCAUCUUUCUGCAUAACUAUGUUACAUACACAUAAGGUUACCUUAGUGUUAAGAUUGCUGCGUGGAACACGGCUCAGGCCCGUAGGAAUAACAUGUCAAGUGAGUGGUGGGGUGGACACAAGUACAUUUUAAAUAUUUCAAUUAUUUAGUAAGACAAAAGAUUAAAUGUUUAAGGGCUGAAAUGUGGAACGCUCAAACCUUUCCCUCCUGGCUGUUAUAGACCAGGGGCCUAAUUCACAAAGGUCUCUUAGGCUGUGCUAGACAACAAAGCAUCCUCUUUGAAAGUCUUUUAGCAUUGCACUGCGACAUUGCAAAGUUGCGAGAGUUUAGUGAAUUAGGUCCCAGGGGCCUAAUUCACAAAGGUCUCUUAGGCUCUGCUAGACAACAAAGCAUCCUCUAGUCUUAGCAUUGCACUGCGAGAUCGCAAAGUUGCGAGAGUUUAGUGAAUUAGACCCCUGGGUCCCGUUUUAGGAAGCGAUCGUAGCGCUAAAAUCACCUUGAAUAUAUAACUAACCUAAGCUUUUAUGGAGAUCUCAACACUAAGAUCGCUUCGUAAAAUGGGGCCCUGAGGAUUGGUAUGUGAGAGCAUUUUUUAUCAGUGGGUAUUUCACUUUGUUAUUGUUUGUACUGAAUUGCAGUUUACAAAGUGAUAUGACAUUCAAGGACUGCUCAUGUGUUUCAGCUAUCAACAGAUAAUAUCAUCAUCUGCAGUGCCUUGAUGCAACAUAACAAGGCUCAAUGCAGUUUUUAAUACACUAUACAUCUAAGCAGAUCAUACAAGUUGUGCUGUUGAUGGAGAGAGAGCAGGAUUUGCUCAUGACUGAUUACACUUAACAUGCAAUGAAAAUCGAAGAAUGGUUCCUCACAGGAAGAAACUAAAGCUGGAUAAUCUCUUCUGUUUGCAUAAAGAUAUACUUGAGGUUGAAGCUUUAAAGGAAACCAGUCAUGGGUUUUGAUGCCAGAUAUGUUGGCUUUGUUUUGGCAUAACAAAAUUUGACAAAAUGACCCCCCACCCCAUCCACCAAAACCCACCGAUUUUCUCCUGUAUCUAGGUUAAAUGGACCUUCGUGACUUUGUAACUAUUGGAGUAUGUUUCUGGUCAACAGUGCUGUUUUAAUGAUUUAAAUUACGUUCUUCGAGUACUAGUAUAUAUGUUUUUGCUCUUGUUUUGAAAAUCAAGGGCCACGGUUAAAUAUUAAUUUUUGAUUUUAUAUUUUCAGGACUUUGGAAUUACUGCACAUAAGCACAAAAGCAAAACGUUUUUUGUUUUUGCUAAUAAAAAAGGAGCAGGCUAUAUUCUCAGGGUGGGGGAGGGGGAUUAAAAUUUAGGACAUCUUUUAUUAUACCAUUUUUAAUAUAAUUAAAUACAUUAAAUACAUCUUUAAAGAUUUUGUUAACAGAAAACAAGUCACAAUAGCUAUACAGUCGGAAGUGUCCUUUGAAAAAUGGAUUUUAAUUUUACAACUAAACAGUACUGCGCGGGUAAUGGUAUUUGAAAAAUUCGUUAAUAAAACACAAUAGAGUAAGGUGUCAUGUGAUCGUUGAAUAACCCUGUAAACAACUUACAGCCACGUAUUACAACAUUGUGCUGGGGUGUUUCUAUACGAACAUUCCAUUCUGUUUUACUUAAGUAUGUUAAGGCUUGCUGAGUCUGUAAUUUAGGCUUCAAACCUUGUAAGAAACCGUUUCUCGUUUACUCUGAAUGAUUUCGUUUUGUACUUUGUGGCCAUUUGUGAUUUCUACAGUGAACUACAAGUUAAACAUGUA